CGUUCAAAUGAGACCUCAGCCAGUGGACUCCUGGUUUCCAUUCAUACCUCCAAGGGUCCAACCUUGGCUGUCAGUGUUCUGGCCUUCUCCAUUCUAAAAAUGCUCAGCCUAUCGAGCAUUUUGCUUGCUGUGGUCAUCGUCAUGCGCAAUUAUGAAGACUUGCUGAAAAUGGUCCAGCAAAUGCGCUCGGAGGAGGUGAAACACCCAGUUCUGAACACAGUACUACCCAUUGUGUUCAUCUGCUGCAGUGUGGGCAUCAUCCUCCUUGCGUACUUCUUCUUCGACAUUAUGGUCUACGUCUUCAUCACGCUGUUUGUAAUCGCCGGAGCGUCUUCGAUGGCUGGCGUUUUCUCCACGUUCCUCUUCAACUGUGCGCCAGGACUGUAA